UUGAUUGUUCGAUUGAUUGAUCAUUUUGAUUUAAAUUGAAUCAUAAUAAUUUUUUUUUAAUUAAAAUAUUUCCGAUUAUUGGCUAAUAAUGGAUAUUUUUUCCAUCAAUUCAAACAAUGAUUCAUCAUUGAAACAAGUCCCACUUACUUGUAAUGGCCAUACGAGACCAAUUGUAUAUCUACAUUUUAGCACAAUAACUGAGAAUGGUUUCUAUUUGAUUUCAGCUUCCAAAGAUGGUCAACCGAUGCUUAGAAAAGGCGAUACAGGUGAUUGGAUUGGUACAUUCGAAGGACAUAAAGGUGCUGUGUGGGGAGUCGUUUUAAAUAGUGAUGCAUCAUUAGCUGCUACCGGUUCUGCUGAUUUUACGGCCAAAAUCUGGAAUACAACACAAGGUGAUGAACUUUUUUCAUUACCACAUAAACAUAUUGUCAAAAGUGUGGAUUUUAGCAAAGAUGAUAAUCAAUUGCUCACAUCGAGUAAUGAUAAAAUCAUUCGAUUGUUCGAUUUGAACAAUAUUAAUUCUGAUCCAGAAAAUUUUUUUGGUCAUGAUGAUAACAUACGACAAGCAGUAUUCUCUAAUGUUGAAGGCACAAAAUUUGUCAGUUGUUCCGAUGAUAAAACUGUUCGUUUUUGGGAUAAACGUUCGAAUCAAGAAUAUUUUAAAUUGACAUUUGAUGAAAAACCAAAUGGAAUCGAAGUGACUGAUGAUAAAUCAAUCUUAUCCAUUUGUUAUGAUCAAAAUGUCAUUUUCUUUGAUCUGUCCAGAAUGAUUCAGAUUAAAAAAUUUCAAGCACCUACAGUGAUUGAAACAUCGUCAUUACAUCCAGAUAAAAAUGUAUUCGUUUGUGGUGGUCAGGAUUUUCUUAUCUACAAAUGUGAUUAUGAACGCUGUGAACAAAUUGAUUCAUUUUCUGGACACUUUGGUGCCGUACAUUGUUUACGAUAUUCACCGGAUGGUGAAUUAUAUGCUAGUGGUAGUGAAGAUGGUACACUUCGAUUAUGGCAAAAUACCAUUGGAAAAACCUAUGGAUUAUGGAAAUAUGUUGAUAGUAAUGAAACGGAAUAA